CUUUUUCCGUGUCUCUCUCUCCUUCUUCCCGGCAUUCCUUUUUCCGCGUUCUCACUGCUCUCUGGGUCUGGCAGCUACCGGCACUUCGCGCCCAGGGCUUUGGUGACGUCAUGUUUCUGCGCCGCGUGGACGCCCGCCGGUGAAAGAAGGAAUACCUCAGCCGCCCUUCGUCUCCUUUUGUUGGGCUGCCGCUCCUUCUGAAUCAUGGCGCCAUCGCUGUGGAAGGGGCUUGUAGGCGUCGGGCUCUUUGCCCUAGCCCACGCUGCCUUUUCAGCUGCGCAGCAUCGUUCUUAUAUGCGACUAACGGAAAAGGAAGAUGAAUCAUUACCAAUAGAUGUGGUUCUCCAGACACUUCAAGCUUUACAGUUACCUGUUGGCAUAGUUCAUAUCAUAUAAGGGAGUUCAAAAGACAUGGAUACCACUUCAGAAUUAAAAAGAAUAAGUAAGACAUUUGAUACCUUAAGGAAUCACCCAUCUUUUUAUGUGUUUAACCAUCGUGGUCGAGUGCUGUUCCGGCCUUCAGAUGCAACAAAUUCUUCCAACCUAGAUGCAUUGUCCUCUAACACGUCGCUGAAGUUACGAAAGUUUGACUCACUGCGCCGUUAAGCUUUUUACAAAUUAAAUAACAGGACAGACACAGAAUUGAGUAUUGGAGUUUGGGGUGUAAAACACUCCCCCCCCAACAUCAGUAUUUAUAUUGCUAUUUCAGAGCUAGUUAAAUAAUCUAUGGCCCUUGUUUAUACAUUGUUGAUCCAAUCAAAUGGUGUAGGAGUUAUCUAUGAAAUGAGUCUUUGAACUUUCCUAUAGAGGUUUUCUGUUCAUUUGAAACAAUUCCCAUGUUUUGUAAAAGUCACUAUUUCGAACAUACUUCCCUGAAAAAUGUUGGGAUUUUUGUGAUUAUUUAUUUUCGUAGAUUUCUUUUCUUUUGCACUACAGUUUUUAGGAAUCCUGGAAUACCAUGUAACAUCUGCAUUUUGCAGCACAAGAGUCAAAUGGUCUUCGGUUCUUAUCAGACCAACUUCUUUAAGAAGACCAAAAUGGUGACUUUACAGUUUUUCUUGGGGCCCCUAAACAGUGACUCUGCUUUUACAGAUACUUGCCAAUUUUUACUUUAUUAAUGGCUUCUCUCCGGACCCCACUCCCUGAUACUGUCUAACAUCAGCUGUCUUGUUUCAUCAUUUCUGAGAUUCUGUGUGCAGUGAGCAAUUUUUGUGUCAGAAAUUCUAUCAUAACAUAUUUAACAAGUUCAUCUUGCUGUAAAACUACUCAUGUUCUUUUGUUGUAAAAUUUUCACUGAUUGUGUAAUGGAAGAUUAGUUGAAAGUAGACCAAAAAGACAAAUUAUGACUUCAUUAUCUUGCCUAGUAGAAUAGAACUGACUGUUCUAAACUGAUCGUCACUAGCUGGUCUCACUCAUUCUAUGUCUGUUGGUUUCUGUCACAGUAAACUAGUGAAUUGGUGAAAAUAAAGGAACUGGUUCAUUUUAUCUAAAGGCACAUGCAAAGAAACUAGGCCAAAUAUGUUCUAAAUAUUUGGAGUUAAUCUAUUUAAAUUCUCUUAGAAAAUUAAGGUCAUUUAAGAAGUUGUUUUGCAGCUUCUGACUGAAAGCUGGCCUGGAGUUUUCCAUCUUCACUCUGCGGUGCUGAAGGUGAGGAUAAGGACACAGCAUUGAAUGUUUUUCAGAAACAGUAGUUUUACUCAAAGAAAAUCAGAGUAGGUUUUUCGCUAGAAAACUAAGAUGCUUAACAUUACAUUGUAGAGAUUAUUGCUUUCCACAAGCAUGAACACAUACUUGUGUUAAAUUAUAUAGGUGUAAAGGGACUACUAUGGACUUUGAUAGGAAACCUGCCCGAUGCUUUUUGGGUUGUUUCAGGCAGGGUCUUCAUAUCGAGAUGCUCUUUUACUUGGUAGCAUUUUUUCAUAGGAAUGAGCCUCAGCCUUUCUGCCCAGUCAUGCACAGCCUCAAAGGACAAGGUUCUUUUAUCAUUUCUUUGUUGGUUUUGGUUUUGUUUGUAAACAGGAUUCUGUAUAACCUGAGCUAGCCUCAAACUCAGUAUGUAGCUGAGGAUGAUCCUCAUGCCUUUACCGCGUCAGCGCUAAGAUGAUAGGUGCUGCCACUACACCUGGUUUUUGGGGUCCUGGGGACUGAACCCAGGGCCUCGUGCAUGCUAGGCAAGCACUGUACCAGCUGAACUACAUCCCAGGCCCUUGACAUUGAAUUGUGAUUCUUGAGCUCUGAUUUGCUAGCUAAGUCUAUAGAGCACUGAUUCUGUUCUCUAAUGAGAACAAACUCACAAAUCUGCUGAUUACCUACAAUAAUUUAGAAAUAGGCUAAAAGUGUGAAACCAAGCCAGGUGUGGUGGCAUGCACUUGUAGACCUAGCACUUACAAGGCUGAACCAGGAUCACAAGUUUAGGGCAAAUCUGGGCUAUCUUAAGGAAUCCCUAUCUUAACCCUAAUCCCCGCAAAAAGCGAAUCCAAGGACUAAUGUGAUAGAUCAAAAUGGCAUGCACGAAGCAUGCUGUACAUCAGGCUUUUCUGCCAUACUCCUCGACUACUUGAUUGAAGAGCCUCUUGUUUUCUUCUCUUUGGAGACUGUUUCCCUUCUUAAUGUGUUUUCAUAACAAUGCUACUGAGAAUCUG